AUGUAAAGACCCCGAACGUUGCGCUGACGCUGCCAACUGUACGAAUUUGGAUGGAUCUUACGAUUGUCAUUGCUCCGAAGUUGAAUCUCAUCUCUGUUUUGGUAACACAUUGUGCGAUACUCCACGAGUAAGUAUUAACGAUGUGGGACGCUCUAUUGAUCAACCCACCGAGGUUCAGCUCAGCUCAUAUCACACGUUUACCGCAAACAUUGCUGUAAGAUGCGCAAAGAUAUGGACUCAGAACAUGUCUUGGAUUUUAGCAGAUCCAUCCUUAAACAACUCUGACGCUCUAUUGAAUGGCAGUGUAGUUUCCACCGAAAGAAACACAUGGACCCUCACUGACCACCAUUUGCAAUAUGCCCACGUGGUGUAUGCUUUGUUCUUCUCUUUUACCGUUCUCCAAGGGAGCAAUAAUUUGACACACAGUGUGUUUGAUAGGGGUUAUAUCAUUAUACGUCCUUCACAGCUGGUCGCAACGAUAUCUGGUGAAACUGAAGUCACAAGAGGAAACGAGCAAAUCAUUACCCUCAAUGGAUCCGACUCAUAUGAUCCUCAUGUUGGCCAUGGAUCUCUAGACUCACUAACAUUUUUCUGGCUUUGUAAGAGAUCAGAUGAGGAAUUCCCAACUAGGAAUCCUAAUGACAUUCAAAUUGUGCCCAUUCUUUCUAACCAAUCUGGUAAGUCACUAGGAGGCUGUUUUGGCACAGGAAUUGGGAGACUGGCCAUCACAGAACCUGUUAUUACUUUAAAUGCUUCCACGAUGGAGAAUACAAGUGCAUCAUACAUUUUUAAACUUAUUGUUAUGAAAGAUGCCAGAUUGUCGAGCGACUCAAAAACAAUCCAUGUGGUCGAAGGAAGUCCUCCUGCAGUGUCAUUUGUUUUCGUAAUGGGCGAUCGAUUAAACGUCAAUCCGUCAGCACCCCUGACCAUCUCAGCCGAUUACCUGAGCUAUUCUUGUGUUGAUCGAGCGCAGUUUGAGUGGUUCCUCUACCAAGAAGACGAAAACUUGACUUGGAUUCAAAUUUAUCACACCCCUGAGAGGUCCCAGGUGUUCUCAGUUGAUCCAGAGAUGCUAAAAAACGAUACGAAAUAUCGAUUGGAAUUAACUUUGAAACUCAAAGAUGAAGCCCCCUCUAAAACCGCACAAGUUUUCAGGACUGCUGUCCUCCCACAGAAAGGUUCAUGCGUUAUAACCCCAGAGACUGGUGAAGCCGUUUAUACCGUAUUUCAGCUGCAAUGCUUUGAUUGGUUCGUUCUUGAUGAAGUAUUAACUUAUGAGGUGCAAGUUAUCGGAGAAGAAAACAUUCACCUUACUUUGUACUAUGGCCUCAACGCGAGUCAACAUUUCGUUUUACCGCAAGGAAAUUCCUCGCGUGGAUAUGUAUCCAAGAUCAAGGUAUUCGUGUCAAGAAGCAAUGGUGCUACGUCUGAGGUGGAUAUCACAGUAAAGGUAACUCCACCCCAACUACGAGUGCAACAAGACUUUUUUGAACUUCUUGAAAAAUCGUCAGCUUUUUUCGAGGAUUUCAUUUUCGAAGAAGGAACACAGAAGGCUUGGCAGCUGAUGACAGCCAUGCUUUUAACUUUAGAGAAACAAGAAUUUGAAACAAGAAAUUUCUCCAGCUCAGCGACACCCAGUCAACUGAAAAGUGCCUUGAGAGACAUUGCCCUAAAGAGAUUCCAGCUUACAGAGGUUGAUUUAUCAAGUGCGGUGUUUUUGUCCGCCUUUGUAGCCUCCGCCGGAAAGAAAGUGACUGAGUUAUCCCUUCUCUCUAAGGAUCUGCUUCCCAACACACUAGAGAGUAUUGCUGCUCUGUUGCUUUCCAAAGCUAAAGAGAAGAAUGCAGAUGAUGAAAGAAUUAUCUCUCAAGGGAUAUACAACUUGUUCUUUGGAACAGUGGAGCUAAUGAUGGUAUCAGCAGAGGCGGCUGCUAUUGGAAAAGAGGGCAAAACCUUAUCAUCCGAACAGUUGAAGGCUAAAGAUAACGUUUUAAAGUCUAUGGACAUAACAAGAACAUUGCUUACAACUGUGGCGGUGAGAUCAGCAGUUUCUCAGUCCCCAAAGACGUUACGAGUGCCGGGCAUGAGUAUCUUAGUUGGCCGGGAGUCAUCAUGUGGACUUCAAGAAAGAAGUUUGAACUUGACCGAAAAAGACAGCUUUCGUCUUCCUCGAAAUAUGAAUCGCGCUUUUGCAAAUGAAAGUGUGGAGUGGGCUGAGUAUCAGAUGAUAAAAACAAGUUUCAAUCCAUACCGCUGGCACGAAAGCUAUCAUAAAGUCAUGUCAGAAGUUCUUAGUCUCGAGUUUACCAACGAUAAGGGUGUAUUACCUGUUGGUGGAGAAGACGUUGACAUUGACAUUAAAAUACCACUAAAUCCUCCUGGAAACAGCUCAUAUGAUAAUAACUACUUUGUCAGACCACAAAAUAUGAGAUACCACAUCGUUGAACUUGAAGAAAAUUCCGAUUCCAUCAUUCUUGAAGUUCAACCUGUCAAUGAGAGUCUUUCAAUGACAGUGUUUGUUAAACUCGGGGAGCGCCCAACCGUUAACAAUUACAGCCAUAUGUCCAACGUACCGGACUUUUCGUCGUGCAGUUGGGACAGAGUUAGUGGCAAUUGGUUGUCAAGAUGCUUAAGAAGUCCAUACCAGGUCAUGUCCACUGGACAUUUUAAACAAACUGGUUUGUAUUACGUCGGGGUUCUGUACGUUGAACGUAGUCACGACCAGUUAAAUCACACUCGAACAAGACGAUCAUGCAACGGAAAAAGGAGACAGAGAAGGGACUGCGUUGAGCCAAAGCCACCUCCAGUGAAAGGAAUAGAGUACAAUAAAACUUUGAUUUAUAAUCCUUUUACCGAUGAGAACUAUACUAUAAAAGUUCGGAAAUAUAGUUGUUACUAUUUUGCUUUAACCCAAGGCAAGUGGAGUAAAGAUGGCUGUAAGGUUGGAGAUGAAACAAAUGAUCAUCUACUUCAUUGUAGAUGUAAUCAUCUCACAGGCUUUGGAGGUGGUUUCGUCUUUGCACCAAAUCCUAUCGACUUCAACAAAGUUUUGAACGAGUUUACUAGACUCGAGGAAACAGAAAAUUACGUGGUUCUUGCAACUGUCUCUUCUAUUUUUGGCGUCUUCGUUUUGAUGAUUAUAUGGGCAAGGAGAGCUGAUGUGAAAGACGAAAGAAAGCUGGGACCAACUGUUCAUGUGAAACCGAAUGAAAAUGGCACGUAUAUGUACGAGUUCACCGUAGUUACGGGAGUUUGGCGAAAUGCUGGGACUACUUCCAAUGUGUUCGUUAAAAUCUACGGCACUGAAGGCAUUCUAGAGUCUGUGAAUUUGACCGCGAAUUCACCGCCAGGAAGAAAAAUGUUUGCAAGAGGCAACAUCGAAAAGUUUGUCUUCCAUCUUGAAAAUUCACUCGGAGUUGUAGUUAAGAUAGAAUUGUGGCACGACAACUCUGGAAAGAACUCCUCCUGGUUUCUAGAUCAAGCUCACCUUGUCGAUAUAAAUAAUGAUCAGAGAUGGGACUUCUUCCACCACAGUUGGCUUUGUUUGCACAAGGGAAGUGGAUCUUUAAAAGCAACAAUAAAGUCCGCUGAUCCAGGCAACGAGACUCGCAGUUUUAAAACACUGUUUUAUUCUGUUUCUUCAGUCGACCUUGCAGAACAUCAUUUAUGGGCCUCUGUGAUAACCAGACCACUACGCAAUCAAUUCUCCCGCGUCCAAAGAGCCUCUUGCUGCCUUGGUUUACUAUGUCUGGCAAUGGUUUGUAACGCCAUGUUUUAUCAAGUGAAUAGAGUUCCCGAUGAGUCAAUUCAGAUCGGUCCUUUACAGAUGUCAUUACGCCGGCUGAUUAUUGGUAUUAAGAGUUCAUUGAUUAUUGCCCCACUAAGCCUAAUAAUAACUGGAGCCUUUCGAUACCGAAAGAUAAAAAGACAAAAACAGAGACUCAUUGGCGAUAUAGAAGAGAGCUUUAACGUAGAGCGUACUGCUGCAACGAGAUCAAGAUGGUGUAGUCUCCCUUAUUCAUUUUUAUACAUCGCUUGGUUUCUUUGUUUAUCGGUGAUAUUUGUAUCCGCGACCAUAACAGUAUUUUACAGCCUUCAAUGGGGCAAACAAACUUCCAACAUGUGGCUGGCUUCCGUAGUUGCCUCCUGUGUCCAGGACAUCUUUUUUUGGCAACCCGCGAAGGUUCUCACCUUUACAGUCUUAUUGAUUCUAAUUUUCAAGAGACCAAAACUAAACACCAAGAAAGGUGAUAGAUAUAAAUCGUCUUUCACCGAGGAGAUGAAAGAGCUACGCGCCUAUGAAUUAAGAAAGGAAAAGUUCUUCGGACUUGCUCGUCAGUUUGUCGCAUUUAUGGUUUUCUAUCUUUUGUUGAUGAUUGUCGCCUAUGGAGACAAGGAUCACCACAGAUAUCUAAUGACCAAAGGCACUCGGGAUGGAUUCACCUUUUUUUACAAGGUCAACACAGGAGAAAAGAUGUGGACUUACAUGCAAGGUAAAUUUGUCAAUGACGCGUAUGCCGGUGAGUGGUACAAUGGUCAGGUUGAGCAAACGCCAGAAUACAUUGGUAAUAAAGUUUCCAUGCUUAUUGGAAUGCCUCGACUCCGGCAGCUUCGAAUAAAGGAAGAUUCUUGCCAAGCCGCCGAGGAGGUUGAGACGAUUAUUGACAAGUGCUACGAUUUCUACUCGACCCUAGAAGAAGAUACAACUCGUCUAUAUCUUCCCCACUGGAUUUAUUUAUCAGAUUCACAGAUUAAAUGGAAAAAUCUAUCACAACUUUGUCCCAGACCGUGGCGAUAUUCAACUGCAGAGGAGCUCAAUAACUUUCCAUCCUGGGCCCAGCAUCACAUAUAUGGCGGUGGGGGAUACGUUCUUGAUUUAGGAUACGACAAACCGACUGCUAUCCGCAUGAUGGAAGGCGUCAAAGACAAGGAUUGGAUUGACAGGAGAACAAGGGCAAUUCUUCUCGAAUUUCAAGUCUUGAACUUAAAUACUGACUUAAUGAGCAUUAUUACUUAUUAUUAUGAGGUUCUACCUUUCGGAUUUGGACUUACUUAUGAAAAAAUUGACACCAUAAAAAUGUUCAAUUUUCAGUCUACGUCCAAUAGCUUUUAUCUAAUGUGUCAAUUGUUGUUUAUGCUGGCAGUGUUAGUGUAUAUCUCUAUUCUUUUAAUCCGACUAUGUCGCGAGGGAUGUGCAUUUUUCAAAAAAAUGUGGAACUGGAUAGACAUCGCUCAAAUUAUGAAUGCCUCGCUAGCAAUUGUGUUUUAUGUCCUAAAGGCAAAGUUUAUGCAUGAUAGUAUAAAAGAAUUGCGAAGGAAUCCUUUUCUCACGGUGAGCUUCCAGUUUGCCAUUUUUUGGACUGACAUGGAAAAUGUUGCCCUAGCAUUUGCUUUGUUUAUUGCCACAUUCAAAAUUCUCCAUUUUAUUCGCCUUAGUCCGCAUGUACAAAUACUGGCUUGGACAGUAAUUACUGCGAAAAACGACAUUUUAUCAUUCAGCUUUCUCUUUGGAAUACUGUUUAUUGCACAUGGCCAGUUUGCUUUCCUGGUUUUUGGUGAUUCAGUGUUUUCAUUUUCAUCAUUCAUUCGUUCAUUUGCCUCAGAGUUUGAGUUAGCACUGGGUAACACUACUCAUGUUGCUGAACUUGACGAUGUCAAUAGAGUGCUAGGUAACCUUUUUACCGCUAGUUUUAUGAUCGCCCUUGCAGUUCUUCUGAUAAACAUAUUUGUGUCUAUUUUAGAUUUUAACCUACACAAUGUAAAGGAGGAUGAAGAGAGGCUGCAAGAGGCAUUUGGUAUGGGGGAGUUUAUUAAGUCGUUGUUCGGCAAUGAUGAUAACAAGCAAAGCGGUAAAUAAUAAGUACCGUUUUGGUGAUAGAAUUCUUUCGAUUUAGCUCGCUUUUCAAUCAUGCAUGUUACAAAAGAAUAGAGGAAACCGUUUGCAGCAAACCUUAGAUGUUACAAAAAGAGCUAAACUUACCCUUCAAGUGACGCACAACAACAAAAGAAACAGCUAUGCAAAAUGAAUCACAGACACAAUACGGGGUAGUGU